AUGGAAGUCCGCCGGAGGCCCACAAAGCCUUCACCCGCCAACCACUCCUCCGCCGUCGACCACCACCAGUCUUCCUCCCCCAAGGCCUCCGACGCCCUCCCCCUCCCGCUUUACUUGACCAACGCCAUUUUCUUCACCCUGUUUUUCUCCGUUGCCUACUUUCUCCUCCACCGCUGGCGCGACAAGAUCCGCAACUCCACUCCGCUCCACGUCCUUACCCUCUCAGAGCUCGCCGCCAUCUUCUGUCUCAUCGCCUCCUUCAUCUACCUCCUCGGCUUCUUCGGGAUCGACUUCGUCCAGUCCUUCAUUUCAAAAUCGGAGGGCGAGGAAGAGAACCAGCGGUUCAUCCUCCACCAGGAUCGCAACAUCCAUUGCACCCCGAGGCCAACUCCGGUAAUGACGGAGCUCCCCGAGGACGACAAGAGGCUCGUGGACUGCGUCGUCUCCGGCGAAAUCCCGUCGUAUUCUCUGGAAUCGAAGCUGGGGGACUGCUUCAAGGCAGCCAGGAUCCGCCGCGAGGCGGUGCAGCGGCUGACCGGGAGGUCCAUAGAGGGUUUGCCCCUGGAAGGGUUCGAUUACGAUUCCAUUUUGGGGCAAUGCUGCGAGAUGCCUGUAGGGUACGUGCAGAUACCGGUCGGGAUAGCGGGCCCACUUUUGCUGAAUGGACGUGAGUACUCGGUGCCGAUGGCCACAACCGAGGGCUGCCUGGUGGCGAGCACCAACAGGGGCUGCAAGGCAAUCUAUGCAUCUGGUGGGGCCACCUGCGUACUGCUUAGAGAUGGCAUGACCAGGGCCCCGGUGGUGAGGUUCUCGUCGGCGAAGAGGGCAACGGAGUUGAAGUUCUUCCUGGAGGAUCCUCUCAACUUUGAGACGCUGUGCGUUGUUUUCAACAAGUCAAGCAGAUUCGCGAGACUCCAAAGCAUUCAAUGUGCAAUUGCCGGGAAGAACUUGUACAUGAGAUUUAGCUGCAGCACAGGGGAUGCUAUGGGGAUGAAUAUGGUCUCCAAAGGUGUUCAAAAUGUUUUGGACUUCCUCUUGAAUGAUUUUCCCGACAUGGAGGUCAUUGGCAUAUCUGGUAAUUACUGUUCGGACAAGAAACCUGCUGCAAUCAACUGGAUUGAAGGUCGAGGGAAAUCGGUGGUGUGUGAGGCAGUCAUCACGGGUGAUGUGGUGUCCAAGGUGUUGAAAUCCAACGUGGCUUCCCUUGUCGAGCUCAACAUGCUCAAGAACCUUGCUGGCUCGGCAGUUGCAGGUUCUCUUGGUGGGUUCAAUGCUCAUGCUGCAAAUAUUGUGUCUGCAGUAUUUAUAGCCACGGGUCAGGACCCAGCCCAGAACAUAGAGAGUUCACAUUGUAUAACCAUGAUGGAGGCUGUUAAUGAUGGCAAGGAUCUCCACAUUUCUGUUACUAUGCCAUCCAUCGAGGUUGGCACUGUUGGAGGCGGAACACAACUGGCAUCACAAUCGGCUUGCCUCAAUCUGCUCGGCGUGAAAGGUGCAAGCAGAGAGUCUCCAGGGUCCAACUCCCAGCUGCUGGCCACCAUUGUUGCUGCCUCAGUCUUGGCAGCUGAGCUCUCCCUAAUGUCUGCUAUCGCAGCUGGCCAGCUUGUCAAGAGCCACAUGAAAUACAACCGCUCAAGCCGGGACAUCACCAAAAUCACCUCCUAA